AAGUUCUUCCGAGAGCAUAACUGGUCGUGCGCUAAACUCGCCCGCUGUCCUCGCAACCUCCGUAUCCCUCAAUAACCAGACCCACCUACCUGGGGCACACCUGGACCACCUCAGGGUGGUCAUUCGCCGCUCACUGCGCAUGCUCAGCCUGCUGUACGGACAACACUAUCAUGGCGGAGACGAUCAGAGCAGGAGGUGAAUCAGGAAGAUAGCUAUGGCGCUGAAUGUGGGUUAAGACCGAAAUUAAGAAAGUCAGUAGACCGCUGGCUGCUCUGGAGGCUUUAAUCGGUGACUUGUUCCCUGGCAAGUCGCAGUGUAGGUGCAUUCGAACUUGCACUUCCACUACGUUUCGGAGUUUUGCAGUUUACCCGUGCGCGUAUUUUACCUGUCUCCUGUACAGGCUGGCUAGCCUUAUACUGUGAGUCGCAGUUUCCUAUGAAGAUUUAUAUUUUGACAGCGCGGAAGAAGAGCGAAUCGUUCGAUAUUUUAAUUUGUAGCUAUUAGAUAUGUUGCUGAGGAGCUAGCGUGACUUCAGGUUUUCUCCCAACACAAUUCUUUUGUAUCUUAUCAAGUUUCUUUGGUAUAGGCUAUAGAGGUUGUGCAGGGUAACGCCGCAGUAACUCCCCGGUCUCGAUGUCGCACUGGAAACUCAACACUAGUAAGCCGUCUUAGUAUGAAACAGAAAACGUUUAUUUAAACCAGGACUAUUCUUUGGGAGGAAAAUACUGGGAAGCGAAUAUUUUGUGCUGUUAAUUUAACUGUCGUUUUAUAUAGCACGAAAGGGACAUUUUGUGUUCAUUUGCCGACUUUCCAGUUUCACCGCUUUGGACUAACAGGUGUCAUACCUGUAAGUUACACCUGUCCUUAGUUUGCCAUGGCGAGCGAGGGGACACCAACUCCCGGACUUCCAAGUGAUGGAACGAAAAAAGAUGCACCGGCUAUUCUGCCCCUCAACCCAGGGGUUCCGAUAAGGGGGAUCCGAAUGAAAUUCGCUGUGCUCUCCGGGCUGGUGGAUGUUGGAGAAGUUUCAAAUCGGGAUAUUUUAGAGACAGUCUUCAAUCUGCUGGUGGGGGGUCAGUUCGACCUGGAGCUGAAUUUCGUGGUCCAGGAGGCGGAAAGCGUCACCUGCAUGGUGGAGCUCCUGGACCAGUGUGAGCCCACCUGCCAGGCCGAAGUGUGGAGCAUCUUCAGCGCCAUCCUGAGGAAGAGCCUCCGCAACCUGCAGGCCUGCACCGAGGCGGGGCUCAUCCAGCAGCUGCUGAACCGCCUCCACGGGGCGGACUGCGUCAUCGCCGAUCUGAUGGUGGACAUGCUGGGAGCCCUGGCCAGCUACAGCCUCAGUCCCCAUGAGCUGAAGCUGUUUUUCACUAAACUGCAGGGAGUGGAGGGAAAAUGGCCUCCACAUGCUGUGAAGCUGCUCUCAGUGUUGAAUUGCAUAGCCCACAGAAAUGGACCGGACGCCUUCUUCAACUUCCCUGGGAAAAGUGCUGCGGCCAUAGCUCUUCCUCCCAUCGCAAAAUGGCCGUACCUGAAUGGAUUCACCUUCCAAACCUGGGUACGCUUGGACCCUCACAACACUAUGAAUUUGGAGAAUGACAAGCCUUACUUGUACUGCUUUCGCACUGGUAAGGGCCUGGGAUACUCGGCCCACUUUGUGGGAGGCAGUUUGAUCGUGACCUCGGUGAAGUCGAAGGGGAAAGGGAUCCAGCACUAUGUGAAGUAUGACUUCAAACCGCAGAAGUGGUAUAUGGUGUCCAUAGUGCACGUCUAUCAUCGCUGGAAGAACAGUGAAAUCUGGUGUUAUGUCAACGGGGAACUGGCGUCAUAUGAGGACGUAACCUGGUUGGUCAAUACAAAUGAUACAUUCGACAAGUGCUUCCUGGGGUCUUCGGAAACAGCCGACUCCAGCCGUGUCUUCUGUGGCCAGAUGGGGGCAGUGUACCUGUUCAGCGAGUCCCUCAACGCAGCUCAGGUCCUGGGAAUUUACCAACUGGGCCCUUCAUACAAGGGAACAUUCAACCACAGUGCCGAGAGCGACCUGAUGUUGGCCGAGCACCACAAGAUGGUCCUGUAUGACGGCAAGCUCUCCGGCUCCAUCGCCUUCACGUACAACCCCCGGGCCACCGACGCCCAGCUGUGCCUCCAGUCCUCUGCCAAAGGCAGCCCCUCCAUCUUUGUGCACUCCCCCCACGCCCUCAUGCUGCAGGAUGUGAGAGCUGUGCUCGCCCCCCCUGUGCAGAGCGCCAUUCACUCCAUCGGUGGGGUCCAGGUCCUCUUCCCUCUCUUUGGCCAGCUGGACUAUCCCCAGCACACCACUGACCAACCGGACACCUCCAUCUGCUACACACUGCUGUCGUUUCUGAUGGAACUGCUGAAGAACUCAGUGGCUAUGCAGGAGCAGCUCCUCGCCUCCAAGGGCUUUCUGGUGAUUGGAUACUCUCUAGAAAAGUCCUCCAAAGCACAUGUGACCCGGCCCGUCCUGGACGUUUUUGUGAGCUUCGCCCGUUACCUGAGCAACCUGCCCAAUGGCAUCGUGCUGCUCAAACAGCUGUGUGACCACAUCCUGUUCAACCCCAGCAUCUGGAUCCACAGCCCUGCCAAGGUGCAGCAGACUCUGUACACCUACCUGGCUGCGGAGUUCAUCAGCUCGUUGGCCAUCUACAACGCCGUCCGCAGGGUCGGCACAGUGAUGCAGAUCAUGAACUCGCUCAAGUACUACUACUGGGCGGUGAACCCUGAGGAACGCAGCGGGGUCACGCCCAGAGGCCUCGAUGGCCCCAGACCCACCCAUAAGGAGAUCCUGUCCAUGAGAGCCUUCCUGCUUCUGUUUAUCAAGCAGCUGAUCGUGAAGGACCAUGGUGUAAAGGAACAGGAGCUGCAGGCCAUUCUCAACUAUCUGCUCACCAUGCAUGAGGAUGACAAUUUAAUUGACGUGCUGCAGCUGCUGGUGGCUGUGAUGUCAGAGCAGCCGGGCUCCAUGGUGCCCACAUUUGACCGGUGCAACGGAAUACGUGUGAUCUAUAAGCUUCUUGCUUCCAAAGAUGAAGGGGUCCGUGUCCAGGCCCUAAAGGUGCUGGGGUACUUCCUAAAAUAUCUGCCUCCAAAGAGGAAGCUGGAGAUCAUGUUGGGUAACGGGCUCUUCUCCCUGCUGUCUGAGCGGCUGAUCCUGCACGCCGACCAGUCCUCCCUCACCACGUACAACGUCCUCUUCGAGAUUCUCACAGAGAAGAUCAGCACUCAGGUGAUUCGUAAGCAGCAUCUAGACCCCGACUCUGCUGUGAAGAUAGUCAACCCACAGAUCCUGAAGGUGAUCGCGGUUCUGCUGAAGAACUCGCCGCAGAACCCAGAGAACAUGGAGGUGCGGCGGGUCUUCCUGUCCGACAUGAUCCGGGUGUUCAGCAACAGCCGGGAGAACCGCAGGAGUCUGCUGCAGUGCUCGGUGUGGCAGGAGUGGAUGCUGUCGCUGUGCUACGUCAGCCCGCGGAACAGCGAGGAGCAGAAGGUCACAGAGAUGGUGUACGCCCUCUUCCGCAUCCUGCUCUACCACGCCAUCAAGUACGAGUGGGGAGGCUGGCGUGUGUGGGUGGACACUCUCUCCAUCAGCCACUCCAAGGUUACUUUUGAGCAACACAAAAACAGCCUGGUCAGCAUGCUCCAGGAAUACGAGAGAGGGUCCAACGCAGGUGGACUGUCUCCGCUCAGGACCAUAUCUGGGUCCAGUCUGUCCCAGUCCAAUGGGGAACAUGCGAGGCACCGUGAAGAGGAGGAAGAAGAAGAGCAAGCCCCCUCCACCGUCAUCGAGCUGACUGUAGAGGGCGACGGAGAGCAGGACCAGCCGUUGGUCACCAUUCCUAAUAUCUUGAGUAGAGCUGUGGAGGAGGAGCCACCUGCUCAGGUCGAGGGCCAGGACCCGUCUGUGGAGCCUGCGGGGCCCGCUGCAGAGACGCCCGCUAACAACCUCCCUGCCACGGCCCCCGAGAGCACAGCUCAAACUGCUGCUGACGCAACAGACCCUGCUCACCUCCAAGAGGCUACAGGUGCCGAUACAGAAAAUAGAGACGACAGUGCUGUGGCUACAGGAGACAAUGCAGAAACUACAGGUGACAGUGUAGAAACUACAGGUGACAGUGUAGAAACUACAGGUGACAGUGUGGAUGCUACAGGAGACAAUGCAGAAACUACAGGUGACAGUGUAGAAACUACAGGUGACAGUGCAGAAACUACAGGUGACAGUGUGGAUGCUACAGGAGACAAUGCAGAAACUACAGGUGACAGUGUAGAAACUACAGGUGACAGUGUGGAUGCUACAGGUAACAAUGCGGAAACUACAGGUGACAAUGUGGAAGCUACAGGGGACAAAACAGAAGCUACAGGGGACCAAUCAGAAGCUGCUGGGGACAAUGCAGAAACUACAGGUGACAGUGUGGAUGCUACAGACGGCAAUGUAGAAACUACAGGGGACAAAUCGGAAGCUACAGAGGACAAUUCAGAAACUGCAGGUGACAAUGUGGAAGCUACAGGGGACAAAUCGGAAACUACAGGUGACAAUGCAGAAGCUACAGGGGACAAAUCGGAAACUACAGGGGAUGAUGCAGAAGCUAUAGGUGACAAUCUGGGAGCUGCAGGUAAUAUCACAGAAGCUGCCAGUGACGAUAUGGAAGCUACUGGUGACAAAGCGAAAGCUAAAGGUGACAAUCUUGAAGCGGUAGUUGACAGUGCAGAAGCUACAAGUGAUAAUAUGGAUUCAGGGUCUGUCCACCAUGAAGAGGACCCGGUAGACGUUUCAUCUGAAAGUGGCCAGGACAAGACCAUCAGUGAUGCUGCGGAAGACUCAUCCUCGGUUCCCGCUCCCAUAGCUGCAGAAAAGGGGGAGGAAGGGAACGAUGAGCAAGAGGCUGGUGAUGAAGCAGGGUCUGAACCCAAAGAGGAAGAGCAGCAGGUGAGUGGAACAGCAGCUGAAGAGGUUGUCACUGAGGCGGCCACCCCCACGUCACCUGAGGACCUAGAGGAUCAAAAGGCUCCAGCUGACCAGAGCCAACAAGCCCCCACCACUGAAAGUUCAGACCCCCCCACCACUGAGAGCUCACAAGCCCCCGCCACUGAGAGUUCAGACCCCCCCACCACUGAAAGUUCUGACCCCCCCACCACUGAGAGCUCACAACCCCCCACCACUGAGAGUUCAGACCCCCCCACCACUGAGAGCUCACAACCCCCCACCACUGAGAGUUCAGACCCCCCCACCACUGAGAGCUCACAACCCCCCACCACUGAGAGUUCAGACCCCCCCACCACUGAGAGCUCACAACCCCCCACCACUGAGAGUUCAGACCCCCCCACCACUGAGAGCUCACAACCCCCCACCACUGAGAGUUCAGACCCCCCCACCACAGAGAGUUCAGACCCCCCCACCACUGAGAGCUCACAACCCCCCACCACUGAGAGCCAACAAACCCCAACCACUGAGAGUUCAGACCCCCCCAAUUCAGAGAGCCAGGACCCCCACCCCGCCGCUCCUGUCGCAGAAAGCACAAAGAAAACAGACCCUCCGGUCUCAGAGGGGACCGAGACCACAGAGCCUUCAGCAGCAGUCUCUAAGGCCAAAGAGAUGAAGAUCGCCCAGCUGGACGUGUCCAGUGUGGCCUCUGACACAGCCAAGAUGGAGCUGAAGGAACAGCCAUCAGAGAAUGCCAGCCAAGGUGCGUCGGCCCUGGGUUCUGCUGGCCAGGGCAAAGACACCUCUUCCACCGGGCGGGACACGAUGUUCCACAUCCCAGAAUUCCAGUGGUCCCUGCUGCACCAGCGUCUACUGACGGAUCUGCUGUUCGCCAUCGAGACGGACAUUCAGAUGUGGAGGAGCCACUCCACAAAGUCUGUGACGGAGUUCGUCAACAGCAGUGAGAACGUCGUGUUUGUGCACAACACCGUUCACCUGAUGUCCCAGAUCGCAGACAACCUCAUCGCGGCGUCCGGAGGCAUCCUGCCUCUGCUGUCUGCUGCCACCUCGUCCUCUCACGAGCUGGAGAACACGGAGCCGCUGCAGGGCCUGGCUCCUGAGGGCGCCGUGGCCUUCCUGCAGAGGCUGAUGAGCCUGGCCGACGUGCUCAUCUUCGCCGGCUCCAUCAACUUCGCCGAGGUGGAGUCGGAGAAGAACAUGUCGUCGGGCGGGAUACUGAGACAGAGCCUCCGCCUGGUGUGUACCAUAGCUGUGCGGAACCUUCUGGACUGUCAGGAGCAGUCGGCCCUCAAACUGGCCUCAGACAGCGCCUGGGGGCACCAGGGCGCACAAAACAUUGCGAGAGGCGCCCGGUCCAUGUCCAUACAGUGCUCAACGUUGGACAUGGGGGCAGGAGACCAAAACCUGCUGAUGCAGGACAUGGACAUAAACCGGCUCCGUGCGGCCAUCUUCAGGGACUCUGAGGACAGUAAGCAGACGCAGUUCCUGGCCCUGGCGGUGGUCUACUUCAUCUCCGUCCUGAUGGUGUCCAAGUACCGGGACAUCCUGGAGCCCCACAACGAGAAGAGGCACCUGCAGCGCAGCCAGUCUGUGCCCUGCAGAGGCGCUGGCCCGGGUGGCUCUGAGGGGCUGGAGAACGGGGUGUCUCUCCGGCGGAGGGACUCGGGGAUCGGGGAGGAGCAGGGCCCCGUCUCUGCCUGCGAUGGCGAGUCUGCGGCCGCGGGCGUCGGCGAGUGUCCCCCGGGGCCCCCCCUAACCUCCCCGACCAAGAGCAACGUGAAGGACAUCCUGCGCAGCCUGGUCAGCGGGACGGCCGACAAAACCCCGGCGUCCCCCAGCCUCCUCCCCCCCGCCUUCCUGGGCCCCGGCGCGGACGCCGCCCGGGACCCCUCCCUGCAGUUCCGCUCCUUCGACAGGAGUGUCGUUGUGGCGCCCAAGAAGGCGGGUGCAGCUGCCUUCACAGGGAGUGGGUCCAGUGGCACGCCCGUCAGCAACGUUGCCGUGGUUUCCUCAGGCGAUGCUACGCCCAGCGGUAACACGGAGGCUGCUGCUGAGGGAGACUCCACCAGCGCUAAUCUGCCAGCUGUCCCCACACUUGCCCCACUGACCCACGAAUCGGCCUCCAGAAUGAGUAUUUCGGAGAGGUUGGACCACGCGUUGGAGAAGGCUGCCCCCCUGUUGAGGGAGAUCUUUGUGGACUUUGCCCCCUUCCUGUCCCGCACUCUCCUAGGGAGCCAUGGCCAGGAGCUUCUGAACGAGAACACCAGUCUGCUGUGUAUCAAGUCCAGCAACUCGGUGGUGGAACUGGUCAUGCUUCUGUGUUCCCAGGAAUGGCAGAACUCCAUCCAGAAGAACGCGGGGAUGGCCUUCAUCGAGCUGGUCAACGAGGGGAGUCUGCUGAGUCACAACAUGAAGGAUCACCUGGUGCGGGUGGCCAAAGAGGCAGAGUUCAUCCUGACCAGACAGCGUGCUGAGGACCUCCAGAAACACAGAGAGUUUGAGGCCCAGUCCGCCCAAUAUUCUGCCGAGAAGCGCGAGGAGGAGAAAACAAGUGAUAACCUGAUCAGAGCAGUCAAAUACCGGGAUCAUGCAACCGCCAACCAGCUCAUCCAGAAGAUCGUCAACAUCCUGACUGACAAGCACGGAGCAUGGGGAAGCUCCGCCCUCAGUCGUCCUCGCGAGUUCUGGCGCCUGGACUACUGGGAGGACGACCUGAGGAGGCGCAGGCGCUUCGUCCGCAACCCCGUCGGAUCCUCGCAUUCCGAGGCCUCGCCCAGAGACACGCCCCUGCAAGCCCUGGAGGAAGAUGUUCUGAAAGGCAAACAGUCCAUCAGGAGUCAAGCUCUGGGAAAUCAGAACUCGCAGAGUGAAUUAUUGUUGGACGGGGACGGUGAUGCUCUGUCAUCCUUGGAGGAGAAGGAAUUAGAAAACUUAACGGGCUCCGUGAUACUGAGUACCGGAGCGCAGCUGGUCGCCCCCGCCGUGGCAGCGAGAGGGACCCUGUCCAUCACGGCCUCAGAGCUCUACUUCGAGGUGGAUGAAGAAGAACCCAGCUUUAAGAAAAUCGAUCCAAAGAUUCUGUCAUACACCGAGGGGCUCCAUGGGAAAUGGCUCUUCAGCGAGAUCCGCGCUGUCUUCUCCCGCCGCUACCUGCUCCAGAACACAGCCCUGGAAAUAUUCAUGGCUAACCGGACUUCCGUCAUGUUUAACUUCCCGGACCCAGCCACCGUCAAGAAGGUUGUGCACCGUCUGCCCCGUGUGGGAGUGGGAACCAGCUUUGGGCUGCCGCAAACCAGGCGCAUCUCCCUGGCCAGCCCCCAGCAGCUGUACAAGGCGUCCACCAUGACCCAGCGCUGGCAACGAGGGGAGAUCUCCAACUUCGAGUACCUCAUCUUCCUCAACACCAUCUCCGGCCGGACGUAUAACGACUUGAACCAGUACCCGGUUUUCCCUUGGGUCAUCGCCAAUUAUGACACCAACAUUCUGGACCUGUCCAUGCCCAGCACCUACAGGGACCUGUCCAAGCCCAUCGGCGCCCUCAACCCCAGGCGGGCGGCGGUUUUCUCUGAUCACUUCGAGUCCUGGGAGGACCAGCAGGUGCCCCAGUUCCACUACAGCACCCACUACUCCAGCACCAGCAACACCCUCACCUGGCUGCAGAGAAUCGAGCCUUUCACCACGUUUUUACUCAACUUGAACGGAGGCCAGUUUGACCACCCCGACCAAACCUUCUCCUCAGUGUCCAAAGCCUGGAGGAGCUGCCAGAGGAACGCGUCGGACGUCAAGGAAUUGAUCCCGGAGUUUUACUAUCUUCCGGAGAUGUUUGUCAACUCCAAUAACUACGAGCUGGGAGUGAUGGCUGAUGGGACGCCGGUGUCUGACGUGGACCUCCCGCCGUGGGCCAAGACCCCAGAACAGUUUGUGCGCACAAACAGGCUGGCCCUGGAGAGUGAGUUUGUGUCCUCCCAGCUGCACCAGUGGAUCGACCUCAUCUUCGGCUACAAGCAGAAGGGCCCCGAGGCCAGCAAGGCCCUCAAUGUCUUCUACCACCUGACCUACGAGGGCGCGGUCGACCUCGACGCCAUCGACGACCCCGCACUGAGAGAGGCUGCGGAGCUUCAGAUCCAGAGCUUUGGACAGACGCCCUGCCAGCUGCUCACUGAGCCCCACACUGCACGGAGCUCCUCCACACAGGUGACGCCUCUCACAUUCGGCGAGGAGGUGCAGCCGGAUGUCAUCAUGGUGCUCAAGUUCCCCUCCAACUCGCCGGUGGUGCACGUCUCCGCCAACACACAGCCCGGCCUGCAGGCCCCGGCCAUCAUCACUGUCACCGCCAACCGCCUCUUCGCCGUCAACAAAUGGCACGGCAUGACGGGAGAACUCUCACCCAGCCAGGACCAGAAACAGCAGCUUCCUGUGGAGAUCGAUCCUCUGCUAGCCACAACUGCAGGAUGUCAGCGCAGGCAGGUGACUGACCUUCUGGACCAGAGCAUACAGGUGCACUCUCAGUGCUUCAUCGUCACCGCUGACAACCGCUUCAUCCUGCUGUGUGGCUUCUGGGACAGGAGCUUCCGUGUCUACUCUACCGACUCAGGGAAGCUGUCCCAGAUCGUGUUCGGGCACUGGGACGUGGUGACCUGUCUGGCGCGUUCAGAGUCCUACAUCGGCGGGGACUGCUACAUCCUCUCUGGGUCCCGCGACACCACCCUGCUGCUCUGGUACUGGAACGGGAAGAGCUGCUGCAUCGGGGAGAGCGCGUUAGCAGAGUUCGUGACUCCCAGGGCCGUGCUGUCGGGUCACAACUGCGAGGUGACCUGUGCCAGCGUGUGCGCGGAACUGGGGCUGGCCAUCAGCGGCUCCCGAGACGGGCUGUGCCUCAUACACUCCAUGAAUGGCGACCUGCUACGGGCCCUGGAGGGCCCUGAGAUCUCCCUGCGGCCCCGGCUCAUCCAGUCCUCCACCGAGGGGCACUGCGUGGUGUACUACGACAAGGGCCAAUUCUGCGUUUUCAGCGUCAACGGCAAGCUGCUAGCCCAGACCAAGGGGGAGGAACAGACGAAGGCUAUACUCUUGAGCCGGGACGGGCAGUACCUGCUGUCGGGGGGCGAGGCUGGAGUGCUUAAUGUCUGGCAGGUCCACAACCUCAAACACCUUUUCACCUACCCAGGCUGCGAUGCAGGCAUCCGGUCCAUGGCCGUGUCACAUGACCAAAGGUGCAUCAUCACCGGCAUGUCCUCGGGAAGCAUCGUGCUGUUUCACACCGAUUUCAGCAGAUGGCAUAAUGAGUAUCAGAGCAGAUGCUGAAGUCUAGCCACUAGAGGGGGCUAUAACCACAGGAGGUGACUCCCAUGUCCUGCCAUUACCUCUAAAAGGCACUACUCUAUAUAAAUACUGAAUUCCUGAAUGUAUCUACUGUUCCCUGAAAAGAAGCAAAAACUAUUUUUGAAUGUUUUUUCCUAUAUUUUGUAGAACUCAACGAAUUUCAUAAAAUAUAGAACCCUGAGCUGGGUUAUAUAGCUAUAAAUCUAUUUUUAGCCGUAAAAGUCUAUUUUCAUCUCCGAGAAAGAAUGAGGGCUUGUGUGGUCAGUAAUGGUUAGAAAAUGAUAUUUGCGUCAGUUGUCUUGGGAGGGAAAAAAAAACAUUUGGGUAUUGGAGGGAUUGGGGUGGUGUCAGUGUGUGUGAUAAUUUGUUUCUUAUAAGCUUAAUGCUUUUAUGUAUGCUGCUGAAGGGAUCUUAAAGCAAUAUGCGGUUUGGGUUGAGGCGUUGUGUGUCUCAGUCCUGCUUGUGCACCUUGAGAAAGCCACUGAGACGGGAUUUAUAUGCAUUAUCUCAGAGUUCAUACCCGACCCCCCCCCACUUCAUUUGAACAAUGGUAUGUGCUGUAGCUUGUGUGUUGCUGAAGUCUCCGGCCUUCAGGUAGUCUGUCCCAGGAGACGUCCAGUGAGGAGGGGCACAGCUCAGCUUUUAGGAGACUGUCCCAUGCAUGACUAUAAAAGGUAACGACGAUCAACACUGAGUGCAUUGAGAAGCAGUCCAGCCAGGUGCACAAUAUGACUGUGAUACUGACAGAACUGCUGUGUUUGUAUGUACUGUACCACUGUUUUGGAUCGAGUGUUUUUUGUUUUCUUUUUGAUGUGUGACAUUGUUGAAAUUAAUACUAAUGAAUUUGUAACAGGAGUUACAAAUUCAUUCAAAUUCAGCUGAAAAUAAUAAAAUGAAUUUGUAACAGGA